UUCUUUACGCGAAAUAUAGUCUGUUAGUAGUUUAUUUUAACAUGAUCAAUAAACCAACUGAAAACAAAUUUAAAGGGACUUUUCCACAAAUAUUAGCUGUGAUAACAGGUUCAUUGGUAGCCCUAAGCGAUGGAAUGCAAUACGGAUGGAGUUCCCCAGCAUUACCUAUACUCUUUUCGCCCGACUCGCCCUUAAAAGUAACGAAAUUACAGGGCGAAUGGCUCGAAACCUGCGUUAUGGUUGGGGCGUUCUGCGGCUUAUGGCUGACGAUGUUUUUAGUCGAUAGCAUCGGUAGAAAACGAUCGAUUUUACUAGCCGCGUUCAUGAGCGUAUGCAUUUGGGUAGUAAUAGCAGUAGCUCCUCGAAUUGAGUACGUUUUAGUAGCCAGAGCUUUAUCUGGAGCCGUCGGCAACACGGCCUUCGUCGCCACUCCGAUGUACGUAGCGGAAAUAGCUGAUCAAAAAGUAAGAGGAUUCCUCAGCAGCUUGAUCUACCUGAUGAUGCUUGUCGGGAUACUCGUCAUAUACACCGUUAUGCCUUAUACAACUUUUUACGUUCAUUGUAUAAUUGGUAUAGUAAUUACAGUAACGCAGCUUAUUAUAUUCCCGUUUAUGCCGGAAAGUCCGUAUUAUCUUAUCUAUAAAAACAAAGAAGAAGAAGCUAAAAAGUCGCUUAUAAGGCUUAGAGGCGGCACGAAAAAUAUUGACAAGGAGCUGGCGGAGAUCAAAACAGCUAUUGCCAGGCAAAAGGAGGAGAGAGGAAGAAUUCAGGAUCUAUUUCUAAUUCCCAGUAAUCGCAAAGCUAUGAUUAUUAUGAUAAUUUUAAAUUCAGCCCAACAUUUUAGCAGUAUUAGCGUGUUAUUAAUGAAUUUGCACAGUAUUUUAGAGCAAGGUGGAUCAUUGUACAUGGAACCUUCGACUACGGGAAUAGUGUUCGCUCUAAUAAUGCUGCUAGCAGCAAGCGGCGCGUCUUUAUUCAUAGACAGAUUUGGUAGAAGAAGUCUUCUCAUAUUUUCCAGCUUGGCCACAGGGAUUUGUUUAAUGGCGCUCGCCGUUUUCUUCACCUUCAAAAAUGCCGGUUACGAUACCUUAAGUAUUAGCUGGAUUCCAAUAGUAUCUGUAAUGCUAUACGCACUCGUCUUUAAAGUUGGUUUAGGGCUUGUCCCUAUAGUCUUAACAGCAGAAUUAUUUCCUGCUAAAAUGAAAGCGUACGGGAUGACUCUCUCGGAUGGAGUUUACGUUGUGGCCGCUAUAUUUUCUAUUCAAGUGUACCAGAGACUCAAUGAUAGUUUUGGUAUAGAAUAUCCGUUUUAUGUAUUUUCGAUUUGUUGCUACUUAACCGCCUUAUUUACUUACUUCAUCAUUCCGGAAACAAAGGGCAAAUCUUUGGAAGAAAUUCAAAUGAUUUUAAAAGGAAAUAAGCGCCUAAGUGCUACUUAAUUUUUGUUAAAUUGCUACAAUAGUCUAAUGAAAAUCACAAAAUGUUGUUAUCACAUUGUACAUGUACGUUUUUUAAUUUCUUACUAUUUUAAUAAAUUCAUAAUU